UUUAAAACAAAGCAUCAUAUCUCUUUCUUUCGCUUAAAAGUGUAUUCAGUAGUACAUUUUCUACCUGAAGAAUUAAAAACAAUAAUUUUGUUUUUGAAAAAUUAAUUUUGUUUCGAAAAUGCGCAGAAGCGACAUGUUCUUCUUAUUGUUUAUGCUAUCUGCUUUAGCAGACGUUUACAGUUUCGACGUUAGCAUAGACGAUAUAUCCGGAAUGUUAGUUGCCGGAAUGGACUAUAGUCAAAAUCCUUGUGAAAAUUUUUAUAACUAUGUUUGUGGCAAUUGGACACAAGUGUAUCGAAAACCUGAUUAUUAUUACUUCUGGAAUGCUGAUCAAAUAACCAAAGAUGUCAUAAUUAGGAAAAUUAAAAAUAUAUUGGAAAGUUCAAAUGCCGCAAGUCACUCACAUUUACUCGAUGAACAGCGAUUCUACAAUGCUUGCAUGGAUCCGGACCAUUCAAUUGAAGAAGGAAGGAGCUUAUACAAAAUUAUAGUAAUUGAAAGCAUGCUUGCAGGGCCAUUGUGGCAAAAUGUGGCUGCAUAUUAUGCUACUAAAAUUGGUGAAAUUUCACUUUUUCAUGUGUCACUAAACCACAACAACGAACUAGAAAUUAUGAGACCAGGAUACACAAAAGCAAACUUAUUACCAUUCGAAAAAUUAAAUUUAAAUGCAAUAAAUAUUUAUUUAAGCAACCCUCCUGAUAGAAUGUGGUAUAAUCAGUAUCGUGAAUCAGAUGCCAAUUUUCAAAGUCAAUUUAUCCAAUUUCUAAGGUCUAUAAACAAGUUGGUUUAUGGUCGAGUAGCUUCAUUUCUACCAGUUACUAUUCGAGAAUUACGAGAAAUUUAUAUCACCGAUUGCCCUUUAUUAAAUUCUGUAUCAGAGAUUAAUUGGCUUCAUUUUUUUUUAAAACUUUCUGAGGGUGGCAAAAUACCUUUCACAGAUUUCUACGAGAUAAAAAUUGAUUGGAUAUAUUUAAGUAAUUUGUGUCAAAUUUUAAGUGUCACUCCAAACAACGUAAUCGUGCGAUAUUUGCAGUUUAAUUUUGAAACAUCUUUCGAAACGUUAUUUUACGUUACACCUUCAUUGAACGACGCAGCAUUACUUGAAAGAUCUCAUCGUUGUAUCAGCACUAUUCCUAUAACAGAUGGAUUUUAUGAACUUUUAGCAGAUAGUGAUGAUUUUUACCGUAGAGAAGAGUUCUUGAAUACAAUGAUUGAUAUGUCAAAACAUGAAUUAGUAAACGAAAUUCAAAACAGUUGGCUGGAUGAUGUUUCGAAAGCGAGAGCGAUUAAUGUGACAAAAGCAAUUAAACUUAGGAUUAGCAAAAUGAAUUUUCCCUAUACUCGAAAAGAAAUGGAUUCAACUUCUUACGAUUUUAAUGUUACUCCUGUUGGUUUGUUAAAUUGGAUCAAUUAUAGAAAGGCACAAACGGCAUAUAAAUUUGAAUUGUCUUUAAUUCAUAUGCAGCAGCAAAGCCUUAAUGAAAGGAAAAAGAGGGAAAUUGAUUUGAAUGCAUUUUAUACGUCCUCUAGAAACAUUAUUACGCUAACGACAGCUUUCCUGUUUCCACCAGCGUUCUAUAUGGACGCACCAAUAGCAUAUAACUUUGGGAGAUUAGGAUUUAUAAUAGGUCAUGAAAUUUCUCAUGCAUUUGAUUAUCCAAACUUUCAAGCAAGACACGGAUAUGAAAUUUUUAAUCAAGAAGACUUGUCAGAAAUAUUUAAUAGAAAAAUGGAUUGCGUGGCUAAUCAGUUCAACGAUCUUGAUGUUGAUGGACGAGGUACCUUAAAGGAAAAUGUUGCUGAUACACAAGGAUUAAAAUUAGCAUUUAAAGCAAUGAGACGAUACAUAGAUCUUUAUCCAAUUCUAGCAGAUGAAAGAUUAGGAAAUAUCUAUGAUUUCGAUGCAAACAAAUUGUUUUUUAUAUCUUUCGCAAAUCGAUACUGCGAAGUGCGUAACACCUUAAAUGUAGAUGCGGAACAUUCACCAUCUGAUAAAAGAGUCAUUGGUACCCUACAGAAUAUGAGGGAAUUUGCGGAAACAUUUCAAUGCGAAGAAGGGCAGUUCAUGAAUCCAGUUAAUAAAUGUGACUUCUGGGAAGAUGUUGAUCAGUAAAUUUUUAAUUAUUUGUUACAAAUAAAACAUGAAACAGUAAUAAAAAAUGUUUGUUUAUCAUAAAUGUUAUAAACUGUUUUAAAAGUUUUAUAAUAUCUCUAACAACACUUAUAAUU